GCCUGAAAGCAAACGAAAUGCAAAUCUUACUGAAUAAGCAAAUUGAAGCCCGGUGUUCCAUCAACUUCAUUUUCCGAUUGUAAAAGCAGAGAGCGACGCCGGAGCCGGUGGUUUCGACGGCGAAGGAGCGAUGGUCGGAGUUCUUUCGAACAAGAUCGGAAUAGAUGAACUGAAGCCCGGCGAUCACAUUUACUCCUGGCGGCACAAAUACCUCUACGCUCAUCACGGGAUAUAUGUUGGCGAUGGUAAGGUAAUCCACUUCACGCGAGCUGCAGGUCAGGAAAUCGGGACAGGAACUUCACUAGACCGCUUCAUUUUCAGCGCAUCUCCUUCCCAUGCCUCAGACUCCCCAUGCCCAAGAUGUGGCAAUCAAGUCUCAGCUGAAGGUGUCAUCUCAUCCUGCCUCGAAUGCUUUCUUUCUGGUGGCGAACUAUAUCUGUUUCAGUACGGUGUUUCUCCGGCUCUAUUCAUCGCCAAAGCUCGAGGAGGAACGUGCACGCUCGCCCCCUCAGAUCCACCCGACCACGUCCUCCACCGCGCUGAGUUCCUCCUCCAAAACGGCUUUGGCAUUUACAGCCUGUUCAAGAACAACUGUGAGGACUUCGCAAUCUACUGCAAGACAGGUCUGCUGGUCUUCACUAAUGUCAGUGUAGGCCGUAGCGGACAAGCAACCUCGUUUCUAGCUGCUGCCACCGCCGUGGUCUCCUCCCCGCUUCGCUUCAUGACUAACAGCUUCCCGGGUCUGGCAGCCAUGGGAUGCACCAUAUAUUGCCUCAGCCGGUUCGUUUCUGAUAUUGGCGUUCGCCGUGAUGUCACAAAGAUCCCUGUUGAGAGGCUCGUUGCAGGCUGCAACGAGCCCGAGCCUGAAAUUUCAACCCAUACAACCAUAUUAUCAUAGUUCUUGUCUCCACAAGCAGAUCAGUUGGUUCUUAAGUGAUAGAUUGUGAACCAGGGAAUUAAGCAUAAUUAUAGUUCUUUAUAUCUAUAGUAGAGUGCUGAAUUGCUUUAAACAUCUCACAAAUGUGUUUUAUUUGAUAACAAUUGGCUUAUUAAUUGAAAGGAAACAAUCGUGGUUGUUUGAA